AUUUUAAUUUCAUGUUUUGUAAUUUGUUUGGUACUUGGUAGAACAGAAUCUAGUGAGAAUCAUUAAAAUUACUAUAAAGCAUAAAUAGGCGCUCUGAAAACCACCAAGCGGAUUCGAAAGUUUUAAUAUGACUACUCCUACACCAGACAAUCAAGAUCAAUUUGACCAAUUCGAUGAUGAAGAUACUGAUCAACAAUUGGGAGCAACAGCAUCCGGUAGAAAAAGAUUAUUCAGUAAGGAGCUGCGAUGCAUGAUGUAUGGUUUUGGUGACGAUCGGAAUCCUUACACGGAAAGUGUUGAUUUUCUAGAAGACCUUGUUAUCGAAUUUAUUACGGAAACUACUCACAGGGCAAUGGAAGUUGGUAGAACAGGCAGAGUUCAGGUUGAAGACAUUAUCUUUCUUGUGCGAAAAGACCCCCGUAAAUAUGCAAGAGUAAAAGACCUGCUUACCAUGAAUGAGGAACUUAAGAAGGCUAGAAAAGCCUUUGAUGAAGUUAAAUAUGUUGAAGACCAACAAUAACUUUGGUGGUCGUCACUCUCAGUCUGAUGAUGCAAGUAACAAAAUUACCUAUUGACACAUUGCUUUUGUGUUUUGCACUGUAUGUACUAAAGCUGUUAAUAACAAUAUUGUGCUUUGUGUGUCAUUGUGAUCUGCUAAUAAAUGUUCAGCACUAACUAACA